GCGGCUGAUGUUUUUGUUUCUCUCCAAAAUUAUUGAAUACUACUAGAUCUAGAAUCUAGAUUCUAUAGAUCUACUCACUUAUUAAAUUUAGGUUCGAUCAAACAUGGAGUUAACAAACGAAGAACGCAAACAAAAACUGAAAGCUGGAAAAGAAAAGCUAGCAGCAUUUAAGACAAAAAAAGCUAAAACAAAAAAGAAACCAAGUGAAGACAGCUCCACAGAACCUUCAGCGGAGGAUAAUGUCACUGUACAGACUGGGAAUGAAACUAUCACAGCAGCUCUAGAAAAGUCCACUUCACACAACAUGUCUGAUAUAGAGGCAGCACUGUCACAGAGGGAUGAGAUUUUGAGACAUCUUACAGGAUUUCUGCAGUCAUUUACAGAGCAGGUGGCUCCAGAUCAUGACCUUAUGUCUCAAGUUCAGACUUUAGCAAAGCAUAUCUGCACAUUACAAGCCCAGCUAAUACAAGCUGAUGAAGAUCUGGAGGAGCAGGUCAUACUGCAUGAGUCAUCCAUGGCAGCUCUUCAGUCAGCCAAGUCACAAAUUUUACAGCUAGAGGGAAUCAUCAGCAGUAAAGAUAGGGAGAUCCUUGACAUGGCAGCAGCACGGCUACAGCAAGUUCCCAAUGACAAUAUCAGAAAGUUGGAGCUACAACUGGAACAGUUGCAGGCCACACACAUUGCUGAAAUAGAGCUUAUAAAGAGAAGUAACUCUGACAAUCAACAUGAUAGUUAUCUCUCUUUGUAUGAUUCAUUACAUACACAGCAUGAACAUUUAAAGCAGCAACAUUCUGAAUGUCAACUACAGUUGGAGGAGGUGAAGACAUUGAACUCUGACCUGAUGCAGAGACUGAGAGACAGUGAGAUGAAGCUUGUCCAGCAGACAGAGGAGAUAGAAAACUUGAGGGCUGCCUACCAGGACCUGGUACAGCAGAGAUCCCAGGCUGAAACUGACUUAUCACAGCUCUCUAGGGAAUCUGCUUCACUUGCCCAGAAUAUUUUAGAGCUGGAGACUGAAAUCUUAAGGCUGGAAACAUUUGCAGCAGGUAGUGUGGAUAGCAGUCCCUCAUUAAGCCACACUAGUUCUCUUCAGCUCAAUCAGCUUCCAGAAACAAGUCCAAACAUUUCACAACUUCUACAAAUCAUGCAGUUUGAUAUUAAAAAUAAAAUUGCUUAUAUGCAACUACAAAUUAAAAACUCACUUAAAAACUUGGAUGAAUCGUUUUUAAGUAAACAAACUUUUCAACACAUUGAGAGUGAACUUGUAAAUAUUAAGAAAGAAAAUGAGGUAUUGGUGGAGAGGUUAAAUUGUUAUGAGAAUGAGAGGAAAAUGAAUCUAACAGAGAAAGAAAACUCAGUGGAGGAGGAGCUUCACAACCAGUUGGAGGAGACCAUCAGCCAAUGGCAGAAAUCUCAGCUGAUUGUUCAAGAGAAGGAGAUCAGACUGCAGAAUCUCAGGGAGGAACAUGAGGAACUCACACGCACUAGCUCAGCUUUAAGUAGAAGGUUUGAGAACGACAGGGAAAUGUUUAACUCUGCUAUAGAUGCCUUGAAUUCUCAGCUGGAGAAGAAGGGCCAAGACAUGGCUAAAAUGGAAAAUGUGGUACUGAAGUUAGAAAAUGAAAAGGAAAACAUUCUGUUUGAAUUAUCAGAGCAAAGGAACCUGGUGAUAGAAAAAGAUAGGGAAUUAAAUAUUAUAGAGGAAAAACUUCAGCUGACAAAAGUUGAGAUGGAACAGUUGAACAUACAAGAGCAUAGUGGUGUGCUGGGUGUUGCGGUAAGAAAUGUAGAAGACGAGGUUGUAGAGUUAAGGGCUCAGUUGGCAGCAAGAGAACUGGAGGUGGUAAACUUGAGGCAAGCUCUGGCAGAGAAAGUUGACAAGAAUAUUGUUCAUGAGUUGUAUCAGAGAACAACUGUUGCAGAUAAUCAAUUGUCAGAAACUAAUGAUAAGGAUUCUCAAAUAGUUAAAUAUAUGGAAAGUAUUGCUGAUCUUAACCAAAAGUUGAUAGAAAAAGAUGAAAGCUAUAAUAAACUAAACAUUGAUUUUGUGCACAGUCAGAAUAUUACUGCUGAGUUGAGCCAACAGUUGAGAGUGAAAGAAGAAUUCCUUGAUGAAGUGGGCUCACAAUUGAAAGCCAGCCACAGCACUGUUGCUGAGCUAAACCUCCAGUUAACAGAACAAACUGACAAGAUUGAUGUCAUUAACUCAGAACUUGUCAAGAGUCAGGCUAACAUUGGGCAGCUAAAUCAGCAGUUAAAAGAAAAAGCUGAAAAAUUGGAUGAAAUUAACUUGCUAUUGGUGAAGAGUAAAGAUGACUUUGCUGUGAUUAACCAGCAAUUAGCAGACAAAAGUAAAAAGCUUGAUGAAAUGAAUGUGAUAUUUGAACACAGUCAAGAUGAAGUUGCAGAGCUUAGCCAGCAGUUGAAAGAAAAAGAUCAAAGAAUUCGUGAAAUCAACUCACAGCUGAUUAAUGGCGAUGAUGCUAACGCAGAGAUUUUAAAACAGUUACGUCAGGAAGAGGAAAAAAUAACGGAACUUAACCUGCAAUUGACCAGUAGUCAAGACACCUGUGCAGAACUUAACCAACAGUUGAGAGAAAAAGAUGAAAAGUUUGAUGAAAUAAAUUCCUUUUUGGGUGGCAGGCAAGACUUAAUUGCAGAGCUUAGUCUUCAGUUAAAAGAUAAAGAUGAAAGAAUUCAUGAAUUAAACUCAGACCUUGCGCACACUCAAACCACCAUUACAAAACUAAACCAACAGUUGCUAGAAAAAGAUGAAAAAUGUAAUGAACUCACCACACAAAUGGUUAGAAAUCAAGCUAUAAAUGCAGAAAUCAAUCAACAGUUGAAAGAGAAAGAUGAAAAAUUAGUUGAUCUUAAUUUGUUGUUGGCCAGUAGUCAAAGCACAAUUGAUGAGCUAAAUCAACAGUUGUUACAAAAAGGUGAAACAUUGGUUAAGCUCAACUCAGAUUUGGCCACUAGUCAGGACACCAUCACUGAGCUUCAGCAACAGUUGAGAGAUAAAGAUCAAAAGUUGGAUGAAAUAAAUUCAUCUUUGGGAGACAGCCAAAACACAAUUGCAGAACUUAGCCAAAACUUAAUAGAAAAAGAUGAAAAAUUGUAUGAAAUAAAUUCACAAUUCAUUAAAAAAGAAGAAGCUAAUGAGGAGCUUAAUCAACAACUUAAAGAGAAAACAGAAGCAAUAGUUGAACUUAACUCGCAAUUGACUAAAAAUAAAGAAACUAUUGCUGAGCUUAGCCAAAAUGUAAUAGAAAAAGAAACAUUUGUUGAGCUAAACUCACAAUUGGUAAAGAGCCAAAACUCCAUCACAGAGCUAAAUCAGCAGUUAAAAGAAAAGGUUGAAAAUUUGGAUGAACUAAAUUCUCAAUUACUCCAAUGUCAAAACACAAUUUCUGAUCUGAACCAACAAUUGAGAGAGAAAGAAGAAAAAUUGUCUGAACUUAGCUCACAGCUGACCAACAGUCAAGACACCAUUGUGGAGCUAAGCUCACAGUUGACCAACAGUCAAGACACCAUUGUGGAGCUAAGGUCACAACUGACCAACAGUCAAGACACCAUUGGGGAGCUAAGCUCACAGCUGACCAACAGUCAAGACACCAUUGUUGAGCUAAGCUCACAGCUGACCAACAGUCAAGACACCAUUGUGGAGCUUAGCUCACAGCUGACCAACAGUCAAGACAUAGUUGUGGAGCUUAACCAAAACUUAAUAGACAAAGGUAAAAAAUCUGAUGAAAUGAAUUUACUGCUACUUCAAUGUAAAAAUGUCAUCUCUGAACUUCACCAACAGUUUAGAGAGAAAGAAGAAGCGUUGGUUGAUGUUCACUUACAGUGGGCCCAGAGUCAAGAGACUGUUGCAGAGCUAAGUCAACAGGUGACAGAAAAAGUUGAAAAGUUUAAUGAAAUAAAUGUACAGCUUGUUCAGUGUCAAAACACUAUUGCUGAGCUUAGCCAACAAGUCUUAAAGAAACAAGAAGAAUUAGCUGAGCUUAAUUUACAUGUGACCAAAGACCAAGACACCAUUGCUGAGCUUAGCCAACAAGUCUUAAAGAAAGAAGAAGAAUUAGCUGAGCUUACUUUGCAGGUGACCAAAGGCCAAGACAUCAUUGUUGAGCUUAGCCAACUAGUCUCAGAUAAGGAAGAAGAAUUGGUUAAAGCUAAUGUACUAUUGGUUAACAGUCAAGACACCAUUGCAGAACUAACCCAACAGUUGACAGAAAAAGAUGAGGAAUGUAAAGAAAAUAAUGUACAAAUAAUAAUGAGUCAGAAUUCUAAUGCUGAGUUAAUUCAACAAUUAAAAGAAAAAGAGGAAAAAUUGGUUGCACUUAAUUUGCAUUUGACUAAUAAUCAAGACACCAUUGCGGAGCUUAGUCAAAAAGUUGUAAGUACUGAAACAUUAGCAGAACUUGAUGCACAGUUGGUAAAGUACAAAGGCAUUGUUGCAGAACUAACUCAACAGUUGAAAGAAAAAUGUGAUUUCUGUGAUGGGCUAAGUUCACAGCUAGUUCAGAGUGAAAACACAAUAACUGAUCUUAACCAACAGUUCACAGAGAAAGAAGAAACAUUAACUGGACUAAAUUCACAGUUGGUCAAAGAUAAAGACACAAUUGCUGAGCUUAGCCAACAACUGCGAGAGGCUGUUGAAAAUGUUAGUGAACUUAACUCCCAGCUAAUACAGAGUCAAAACAUGAUUUCUGAUCUUAAUCAACAGUUGACAGACAAGGAAGAAAUUUUAACUGAGCUCAAUUUACAAAUGGCCAAGAGCCAAGAUAUUAUUGCAGAGCUUAACCAAAAGUUGAGAGAAAAAGUGGAAUUGUAUGAUGAGCUAAAUUCUAAUUUUGUAAACAGUCAACAUACCAUUACAGAGCUAAACCAACAAAUUACAGAUAAAGAUAAAAACAUUACUGAAAUAAGCUCACAAAACCAACAUACUAUGACAGAGCUUAACAAUCAGUUGAUUGACCUAACUGAAAGAUAUAAUGAAAUAAACUCACAGCUGAUACAAACUCAAAACACCAUCACUGAUCUAAACCAUCAAAUUGUGGAUCUUAACUUAAAAUUGACCACAGGUCAAGAUAAUAUUACCGAGCUUAGCAACGUAUUGAAAGAAAAAGAAGAAGGUUUAGUUAAAGUCAAUUUACAAUUGGUUAACACUCAAGACAUCAUCAAUGAACUUAACCAACAGUUAGGAGAAAAAGAUAAAAAGUGUGAUGAAAUAAAUUCUUUAUUGGGUGGCAGUCAAAACACCAUUACAGAACUUAACCAAAUGUUAACAGAAAAAGAUGAAAAAUUGUUGGCCUUAAACUCACAACUGAUAAACAGUCAAGAUGCUAAUGUGCAGCUUAAUCAACAACUUAAAGAGAAGACAGAAGCAAUAGUUGAACUUAACUUCCAGUUGACUAAAGAUAAAGAAACCAUUGCUGAGCUUAGCCAAAAUGUAAUAGAAAAAGAAACAUUUGUUGAGCUAAACUCACAAUUGGUAAAGAGCCAAAACUCCAUCACAGAGCAAAAUCAGCAGUUAAAAGAAAAGGUUGAAAAUUUGGAUGAACUAAAUUCUCAAUUACUCCAAUGUCAAAACACAAUUUCUGAUCUGAACCAACAAUUGAGAGAGAAAGAAGAAAAAUUGUCUGAACUUAGCUCACAGCUGACCAACAGUCAAGACACCAUUGUGGAGCUAAGCUCACAGUUGACCAACAGUCAAGACACCAUUGGGGAGCUAAGCUCACAGCUGACCAACCGUCAAGACACCAUUGUGGAGCUAAGCUCACAGUUGACCAACAGUCAAGACACCAUUGGGGAGCUAAGCUCACAGCUGACCAACAGUCAAUACACCAUUGUGGAGCUCAACCAAAACCUAAUAGACAAAGGUAAAAAAUCUGAUGAAAUGAAUUUACUGCUGCUUCAAUGUAAAAAUGUCAUCUCUGAACUUCACCAACAGUUUAGAGAGAAAGAAGAAGCAUUGGUAGAUGUUCACUUACAGUGGGCCCAGAGUCAAGAGACAGUUGCGGAGCUAAGCCAACAGGUGACAGAUAAAGAUAAGAAGAUCAAUGAAAUAAACUCAGAAAGCCAAAACACCUUUACAGAGAUAAGCAGUCAGUUGAUGGAAAGAACUGAAAGAUAUAAUGAAAUAAACUCACAGCUUGUACAAAGUCAAAACACCAUUGCCGAUCUUAACCAACAAAUGGAGGAGCUCAACUUGCAGUCGAAAGAAAAAAGUGAAAAAUGCGAUGAGCUCAAUUAUUUGUUGGUAGAGAGUCAAAACACCAUUGCAGAAGUUAAGCAAAAUGUCACAGAAAAAGAAGAAACAUUAGCUGAGCUUAACUUGCAGCUGGUGAAGAACCAAGACACCAUUACUGAGCUUAGUAAACAAUUGCUGGAAAAAACUGAAAAGCUUGAAGAAAUUAAUUCAUUAUUGGGAGAUAAAAAAGACAGUAUUGCGACUCUUAGCCAAAAAUUUAAUGAGAAUGAAGAAAAAUUAGUUGAGCUUAAUUUGCAGCUGGUAGCUAGUCAAGACACUGUUACUGAGCUACGUCAACAGUUAAUGGAAAAAGGUGAAAAGAUUUACGAACUAAACUCACAGGUGAAUCAAAGUCAAGUCACCAUCACAGAGCUGGACCAACAGCUGAUAGAAACAGAAGAAAAAUUAAAUUCACAACUGGCCAGUAGCCAAGAUACCAUUGAAAAACUUGACCAACAGCUGAUAGAAACAGAAGAAAAAUUAAAUUCACAACUGGCCAGUAGCCAAGAUACCAUUGAAAAACUUGACCAACAGCUGAUAGAAACAGAAGAAAAAUUAAAUUCACAACUGACCAGUAGUCAAGAUACCAUUGAAGAACUUCAGCAACAGUUGAAAGGAACAGAAGAAAAAUUAAAUUCACAACUGGCCAGUAGCCAAGAUACCAUUGCAGAACUUGAGCAACAGUUGAAAGAAACAGAAGAAAAAUUAAAUUCACAACUGGCCAGUAGCCAAGAUACCAUUGAAAAACUUGAGCAACAGUUGAAAGAAACAGAAGAAAAAUUAAAUUCACAACAAGCGAGUAGCCAAGAUACCAAUGAAAAACUUGAGCAACAGUUGAAAGAAACAGAAGAAAAAUUAAAUUCACAACAAGCGAGUAGCCAAGAUACCAUUGAAAAACUUGAGCAACAGUUGAAAGAAACAGAAGAAAAAUUAAAUUCACAACUGGCCAGUAGCCAAGAUACCAUUGAAAAACUUGACCAACAGCUGAUAGAAACAGAAGAAAAAUUAAAUUCACAACUGGCCAGUAGCCAAGAUACCAUUGAAAAACUUGACCAACAGCUGAUAGAAACAGAAGAAAAAUUAAAUUCUCAACUGACCAGUAGUCAAGAUACCAUUGAAGAACUUCAGCAACAGUUGAAAGGAACAGAAGAAAAAUUAAAUUCACAACUGGCCAGUAGCCAAGAUACCAUUGCAGAACUUGAGCAACAGUUGAAAGAAACAGAAGAAAAAUUAAAUUCACAACUGGCCAGUAGCCAAGAUACCAUUGAAAAACUUGAGCAACAGUUGAAAGAAACAGAAGAAAAAUUAAAUUCACAACAAGCGAGUAGCCAAGAUACCAAUGAAAAACUUGAGCAACAGUUGAAAGAAACAGAAGAAAAAUUAAAUUCACAACAAGCGAGUAGCCAAGAUACCAUUGAAAAACUUGAGCAACAGUUGAAAGAAACAGAAGAAAAAUUAAAUUCACAACAAGUGAGUAGCCAAGAUACCAUUGAAGAACUUGAGCAACAGUUGAAAGAAAAGGGUGAAAGAAUGUGUGAGAUGGACUCCCAGUUGGUACAGAUACAAGACACCAUGUUAGAACUUAACCAACAGUUGACAGAAAAAGUUGAAAAGUUGAAUGAAGUAAGUGUACUGCUGGUUCAGUGUGAAAACACUAUUGCUGAUCUUAAGCAUCAAGUCUUAGAGAAAGAAGAAGAAUUAGCUGAAGUUAGUUUGAAGAUGGCCAAGGAUCAAGACACCAUAUCUGAGCUUAGCCAACAGCUGCAAGAGAAAGUUGAAGCUAAUAGUGAACUUGACUCCCAGUUAGCACAGAAUCAAAACAUUAUCACUGAGCUUAAUAAUCAGUUAAGAGAGAAGGAAGAAUUGUUAGUUGAGCUCAACUUGCAAUCAGCCACUGGUCAAGACACAAUUAAUGAAGUUAACAAUCUGUUGAAAGAAAAAGAUGAAAAGUUUGAUAAAAUCAAUGAACAGCUUGUCCAAAGCCAAACCACAGUGGCCAAACUGAAUCAAGAGCUAAGAGAAAAAGUUGAAAAGUUUGAUGAAAUCAGUGAACAGCUUGGCCAAAGCCAAACCACAGUGGCCAAACUGAAUCAAGAGCUAAGAGAAAAAAGUGAAAAGUUUGAUGAAAUUAAUGAACAGCUUGUCCAAAGCCAAACCACAGUUGGCAGGUUAAACCAAGAGAUGAGAGAACAAGCAGAAAGGUUGGUGGAAGUAAACACACAGUUGCUGCAAAGUCAAACCACAGUUGCUGAAUUGAAGACACAAUUAAGAGAGAAUGAAGAAAGUUUAGUUGUACACAAGUUGCAGUCUGCCAACCAUGAGGAGACCACUGCCCAGCCUAACCAUCAACAUCCUUUGGACAGGAGCGCUGAGUACAUCACUGCAGGAACUGAUGUUGACACAUUGAAAGCAGCUCAUGAUCUGGAUUGUGUUAAGAGGAAAAACAAUCAACUCCAGAGUUUAUUGUCUUGUACAUUGGAAGAAACCCAAGCUCUUGAGGCUGUCUUUGUUCAACAGGAAAUUAAGCUACAAGAGCAGACGGCAGUGUUAAGUCUGAAUGAUAGCGCUGGACAGUUUGUUGAUAAAGUCACAUCAGAGUUAGGUGCUGGCAAACAUUGCCAGAGUUGUCAGGAGAGGUUGGCAUCAGGUGCAGACACCCAUGAACAUUGUGCCAGUAAGUUUUCUCAGUUAGAGAAGAAAUAUCAAACUUUAAAUGGCAUAUUGUCAUGGAGAGCUGAAGAGCUAUCUCAAAAGGAGGCUCUGCUGGUUGAACAAAGUCUGGUGAUUGAAGCUAUGAAUGUUAACAUUGAGCAAUUACAAGGCAUCAUUAGUGAAAGAGAUGACCAGGUACAGGCUUUGACCAGUCAGUGUAAUGACCUCUCACAAGAGAAUGCCAGUGUCAUGGCUGUCAGGACAGAACAUGACAGGCUGCUGGCAGAGUACCAGAGACUGGCAGAGGUCAAGGACAAGCUGGAGCAGAUGAUGUCUGGGGGCAGGGAGGAGCAUCUGCUUGAGUGUGCCCAGCUGACCCAGAGGAUCCUACAGCUCAGUGAUGAUGGGGACAAGAAGGAUAGAACCCUUGAGAAGCUGAAGGCUGAGCUAGAGAGUUAUCUGAAGGAUAUUCAUGAACUGAAGGCUGACUUGGAGGAGAAGGAUGCAGCAAUGAGUGGGAUCAAGCAAGAACUGGAAGCACUGACCUCUCUGCUGGAGAAGAACAGAGAAGAAAAGGAAAUGCUCAAGUCCAACUUUGACAGCUGUAUGGAAGACAUGCAGCUGAGGGCAGGGGAGCAGGAGAGUGAGAUCCAGGCACUCAAGUCUCAGCUGAAGGAAGGCAAGAAAUGGAAGGCUCAGGACCAGGACGACAUGAAGGAGCUGUAUGAGCAUCAGGUCAUUGAGCUGGAGGAGAAGCUGCUGGCCUCAGACAAACUUUGCCAACAGCUGGAGAAAGAUGUUGGGGAGAUGAAGAAAAAACUGGCCUCUAGCAAGGAUAUGUAUGAACUUCAGCUGACUGAGCUUGAGCUCAAUGUCCUGACUGCCACUGCUGAACAUGCCAGGGUCAAGGAUGAGAUGGCCAAGUUAAUCAACAACCACGAAUGUGAAGUGGCAGGGCUGAAGAGGCUGCAAGAAAUACAAACCACGCAGCUUGAAGACACAUGCAUGAACCUGGAGAGAAGCAAUGCCCAGCUCAAGAGGCAGUUGAAUGAACUCAACAAUCAGUUUAGAAAGGAGAGAAACAACUUUGAGCAGAGUCUUGAAUUCCAGGUGACAGAUAAUGAAGAGAAAAGACGAAUGUACGAGACUGAGGUGUCCAAGUUGAAGAAAUAUCUGGAGGACAUGAAGCAAGAUCAUGAAGUGGAGUUGAAAAACUUGGAGAAAAGUUAUGAAGCUCGGCUCUAUGAGCUGGAAGAUAAAUACUGCAUAGCCACCAAUGAUUUGCACAAACUGAGAAAGGCUUGCAGUGCUGAAGGAGAUUACUCUGAAGAAAGGCACCGUUUAGAUCUGAGGAUUGAGGAGUUGGAGGGCAAGCGCAGGGAUGCUGAGCUGAGGACCAUGUCCCUGGAGGAUGAGGUGGCCAAGCUGAGGGAGCAGAUACAAGACAGGGAGAGGGAGAUCAUUCUCAAUAACGGAGUGCAGGAGUCGCAGUUCUUGGACAUGGAGGAGGAAAUCUCAAGGCUCAAACUCCAAAUAUCAGAGCUUACAGCUCAACAUAAACAGGAGUUGAGCUUACUAAAACAGGAACAUGAUUCUCAUAUAAAACAGUUAAAAAACAGUCAUGUUAACACAUUAUCACAUAAUGGCAGUGGGCUGUCCAGUGUUGCAGAUCUACAGAAGAAAGUAGCUGGGCUAACUGAGGAGAAUAACAGGUUGAAGAGGAGGAUGUCCAGUGAGCAGAUCUCUGAAAGAGAGUUGCCUCCCAUCUCUAAGGCUGAGGACAAUUUCCCUCCCUAUUCUGGAGCCCGGCCCACACUGGCUGAUAGAGAUUGUUUCUCUCCUAGUGUAGAGGAAGGGUUUGUUGCUGAAGCCCCAGAACAUUUGCUGAACCAGGAGCCAGACUUUGUGGAGGAGCAUGACAGGUUCCAGCCAGAGAUGGAUCAUGAACGAGUGAUGGACGUGGGCCAGCGCAGCGUCCAUCCCAUCAGAGAGGAGGGCAUCUGUGAAGGCUUCCAACCAGAGAAGGCAGAUCUAUUUUUAAUGGACACAGAAGAGUCUAGCCAGUCCACCAUUUGGCCAGGUAAACUAACAGUUGGCAUGUCACCGUCCCACUUGCCAGGACAGCAAAAGCUCUUUGAGUUUGACAGCAUUGAUGACUAUGAACAUCACUACCAACAGAAAGUUGACUUGGUAGAUGGGGCUGACACAUCCAAACCGUUGUCUGGCCAGAGAUUUGAGACCCAGUCUUCAGAAACUGAAAUCUCUGUUGAGCAAAUGAAAGAAGACCUGGAGGAGGAGUAUGUGAUGAAGCUGAGGAAGCAAGAGUUUGAGCUGAAGCUCCAUUAUGAAAGCCUGCUCCAGAAGUUUGAAGAGGAGAGAGAGCAGCACUAUGCCCAGAAGUUGCAGGCAGUCAAAUAUGACUGGGAGCACAAGUUUGCUAAAGCCUUGCGCAAAGUUAAGAAGAAAAUGGAAAAGAAAGCUGACUUAAAAGAGCAGUUUGGUGGAGGGGAUUCUUCCAAUAAAGUUGAGGGUGAAGCUCAAGGGGUGAGGGGUCUGACAGCACACCAGCUGGGUGUGGAGGAGCUCUAUAAAGAGAAUCAGGAGCUUGCUGAGGUCCGGGAUGAUCUGUUGAGACUAAUUGAGAUCUCCAACGCUCGAGGCUUGCAUGAUCAAGUGCAACAGGAACUGGAGUCUCGUAUCACCAACAAACUUGACGUCAGCAAGGAUGGAGGGGAGUUGUCCAGAAGUGAGGCCAGCUCAGGCCGGGAUGGUCUCUUGGAGGAGUUUGAGGACGUGUCUCACCAGUCUGACCAGGACCUGCCGCUGGAGUGGGAGCUGACCAGCACUGAGACGGGGGUCUUUGAGGAGAAGCAGGGCAGCAUCUGGGAGGUGUUUGAUGGGCGCUGUGUGCGCCAGGACUGCCAAGAGCUGGAUACACUGCGUAUCCAAUAUGAGCAUCAGAUCUCUUCCUUACAAAGACAAUUGGAAGCUGAGAGAAGAAACAACAAGGAACACAUGGAUUACAGGCAGCAGGAAUAUGAGCAGCUCAUCACUGAACUGUGUAAUGAGCUCAAUGAAGAGCAAGAAGUGAGGUUGAAGCAGGUGAUAUCCCACCUUGUCCACCUACACCUGGGUGAGAUCCAGAAGUUACACCUAGAACAUCAGGAUGAGACAGCCCUGGAGCUGACAGCACUGAAGCUGUCCCUGGAACAGAUCUACCUGACCAAAUCUCAGCUAGAGGUCUCAGAACAACAGAGACAUUACCAGCACGAGCUGGAGCUGUUACAUAAGCAACAUAAAGAUGAGCUGUGUAGACUAGCUCUGGUCAAGCCCUCUCACACUUCACCUGAUUCUAUAGAUACUGCAACAAGGUCAAUAACAGAUGAAUACAAUCAUUUGAUCCAGCGAAUAAGCAAAGAUCUGAGUGAAAAAUUCAAUGGUGAACAUUCAGUGGCUGAAGAGGUGCAGAAGCUGUUGCUAGGGCAACAAGAGGAGAUAAUCUCACUGAGAAGCAAGAUGCUGACAGAAUAUGGCUCAGUCCUCCAGUCACGAUCUGAUGCCAUGCUGGAGCAGAUGCGACAAGUCACAGAGCUGGAGGAAAAGCUGCAGGAACUCCAUGCCCAGUGUGGUGAACAGCUGGUGGGUCUGCAGGAACAUGAGGACAGAGAAAACGUUCUAGUCUACCAGAGAAAACUAACAGAGGCAGAGAAAAGAAUUUCAGACCUGGAACAACAGCUAACCAACACACUUGAGGGUGAUGAUGAGUCAACUGACCAGUCCAGUGGCAGCUGGAAGGUGCGUUACCUGCAGCUAGUGGACAAGUACCAAGCCAUGCAGGGAGAGAUGGUGCAGCAGGAGAGAAAGGUGGAUGACCUGACUGAAGAGCUUGAGAAGUUGAGAACCACUGAAUCCUACAGCACAUACCAGGCCACUGGAGACCACAUGGAGUUUAUCAGCACACAAGGGAUGGGGUUUGGCUAUCCCAGGGAUUCUAACAACUGCAACAACAACAGCAACAACAACUGCCUGCCCUCCAAGGAAGAGGCCAACAUCAACAACAACUCCAUAUCAUCAGAGCAUGAGGUGGAGACACUGGGGACUUUGGUCAGUGAGCUAGAGCAGCAACUGACAGCUGCCAGAGCUAAAGAAGAUGAACUGAACCAUAAGAUAGAUGAGCUGGAACAUGCCCACCAGGAGAUGAUGCAGAGCUUGCGAGAAGAGCUUGAACAUGAGAAACAAGUAGAGCUGGAGACAUUACAGUCAGAGUUUAGAAUCCAACUGGAGAUAGAGCUGAAACGCCAGGCAGCUCUGAUCAGGCAGGAGGGGGAGGUGAAAGGUGUGAGAGCCUCACCAUCAUCCAACAGCACGCUGGAGUACACAGACAGCAACAGUGAUUCUCACAGUGAGCUCUUGGCCACAAAAAGCUUUGAUGUGGAGGAGCUCAAGGAUGAGUUGUCAGGUCAUCCAGAGCCAGUCACUGAGACCCUUGUGAUGACCAGUGGUCAAGCUGGGUAUACAGACCCAAGUCAAGAAGUGGCUGAGUUAAAUCAGCUGAGGCUACAUUUAGAGAUGGCAGAACAAGAGAAGGCAACUCUAGUGUUGAAUCAUGAACAAGAGUUGGAAGUACUGACCAACAAGUUGAAUGAGGCGGAGGACAGAUAUGAUAGAUUGAUGGCAGGUGUAGAGAGGGGAGACUAUCCAGAGCUGAAUGAAAUUAUCAAAGAUAAAUACGACACCCAGUUGGAACUGACAAAAUCUCUGCUACAGAAAGAUUAUGAUGAAACUCUCAAGGAAGAAAAGAAAAAGUUAAUGGAGAAACAUCGCACAUUGAUGGCCAGCUUGAUGGGCGACCGAGGGGAGGAAGAGGAUAAACACAAGGUAGAGAUGGAGGCUUUGAGGGAGGAGUUAACACAGACAUUUGAGGAGAAGUUGCUGAUGGAGAGGGAGACAUUGAAGCAAGAAUUAACACUGGCAUUUGAGGAGACUUUGUUGGAGUCUCAGCAAGAAAUUGAAAGACUCAACAGUUUACUUCAAGAAACCUCUCGUCACAACAUAGACAAAUCUCUGGCUCAAGUGGAAGAAAUCACACUCAAUUUUGAGGAGGCUGAGAGUGGGGGCUCAUCAACUCCUCUGUCCAGUCCAACAUUUGCUGAGGUUGUCAAAAGCCACAUCCCCUUGUCUAAAAGUGAAAGAAAAGAACUGCAGGAGAGGAUAAAGCAGCUUGAACACCAGAUCCAAGUUUUACACCAGCCAGAUCAGGCUAAGGACUUUUCCCAGGAUACACUUAGUGUGUCGCAGGACACAUUGAGAGUGGAGGACAGUUCUCUGAUUGCUAUGCUACAGUCUGACCUUGAUAGAAUCAGUGCUGAAAGGGAGAACAUCCAACAGACCAACGAGCGCCUGCUGAGCCUCCUGUCAGACUCUGUGAAGACCUACAUGGGUGUGGAGGACACAAUCAACAGACGCCUGUCCCAGGUGGUGGCUGGAGCUGAGGCAGGGGCCAGACCUGAUGCUUCAUCCAACAAGAGCUCACCUGCAAGAAAACCUCGAGAUGUGAACACAAGCAUAGACAGCCUGACAUCAGAGGAAACAAGUUUACUUUCUAAUGGCAUUGAUGAGGGCCUGGAGAUCUCCCAGAGACUUGCAGAGAGCAUCUUUGCUGGGCCUGACCUGGAUCCUGAAGGGGAAGAAAUUCUCUUAGAUGCCAGAAGUCGUUUAGAGACUGCAGUUGAUCAGCUGUUGGAGCUAAUGGAACAGUCCAAUGCCCAGCUGGUAGAGGCCAAGGCCACACAACAGCAGCUGCUGGAGUCACUAGCGGCCAGGGCCAAUGAAUAUGAGAGCAUCAAUGCCAAAUGUACAGAGCUACGUAACCAACUCUCCAGUGAGAUUGAGGCUAAAGAAUUUCUGGGACUUGAACUACACAAGGCUGAAGGUCUGCUAGGUGGAUACAGCUCUGAGCGUGAGUCACUAGAGCAGAGACUGCAGGCUCUAGAGGAACAGAGGGAGUCUCUGAUUGUCCAGCUGGAUACGACACGCUCUCAGCUAGAGAGCUACCAGCAGUCUGACACCCAGGGGGAGGACCACCCACAGCAGAGCCCGGCACCUAGCCAGGAGAUCCAAGUGGAUGACCCUCCGAGCUUGCCACCACAUCCACCAGCCCUGUUGGUGGAGGUGAAGAGUCUGAAUGAAGAGAAGAAAGAGUUGAGUGAGCAGUUGCAGCAACAGCUGGACCACUCCACACAGCGCAUCAGUCUGCUGGAGGGUUUGCUGGAGGAAUCUGAGCGCCAGCAUGAGAUCCUCGUGGAAGAAAAGUGCAGGGAGACUGAAGACUUGAGGCUACAGCUGGAGAAUUGUGAGAGGCAGCUGAAGGUCAAUAAGGCGUUUGUGGAGGAUCAGAUACUGGAGCGUGAACAAGAGAGGGAAGAUCAUCAGAGGGAGAUCAGGAGGCUGGAGCAGCUCCUGGAGGGCAGAGACAAGCAGGUGGAGGCACAUCAUAGGCUUCAGAGUGAGAUCUCGGACCUCACAGAGCAGCUCCAGUCGCACGUAACCAAUCAAGCUGCCAUGCACCAGAGAAUCUUAGAACUUCAAACAGCUCUACAGGACAAGGAACUCAGUGCUCAUGACUUGAAGAAAUGGGUGUCUGAGCUGGAGAGAGAGCUGGACCAGAAGGGCAGCCUGGAGGAGCAGCUGAAGACCAAGAUCCUGAGACUGGAGAGGCAGCUGACCAGCCAGACACAGGAGGACCCUGAGAGCAGCGGAGAGAUCUCACUGGACUCUGAGAAAAGAUCUGUCCCAGAGCUUCUGUCUCCCGUCCACACCCUGAGGGUCAGCUCGGUCCCCCUACAGGAGGAGCUGCGCAGGUGUCAGCUGUUGGACCAGGAAGUGCAGCAUGAAAAUGCUGCACUGAAGGAACAAGUCCAGCAACAGAUGGUUCAAAUCUCUGGACUCAGGAACCAGCUGGACCAGUUCAGGCACUACAGUGGCAUGGAGGAUGACAGCACCCAUCUGAGGGUCAAGCUACAGGCAUCCAGAGACAUGGUGGAGAAGUUAGAAGAUAAGGUGAGUGAAGCAGAAAGAACAAUUGAAGCCUUAGAACAAGAGUUGAAAGAGAAGACUGAGGAGGUGGAUCUGAUUAGAACUCAGGCUACAAGAAUACUCAACAUUGGGGACUCACAACUUGAAAAUGAAAGCCUAAAGAAACAGCUGGAGGAACUAAGAAAGGAGCAGUCCCAGGUUGAUGUGACUCCAAGUUUCCCACCUGCUUUGUUAGAGGAGAAGAACCUGGAGAUAGAGGAGCUGAACAAAAAACUCAAGUCUUUGGAAGAUGAACUGGAUCAAAUGCAGGAGAAAAACACUGCAGAUAAGAGAAAAAUGGCCGAGCUUGAAACCCGCUUGAAGGAAAAAGAUGAAGAGAUCAGUGACCUCCAUGACAGCAUCAUAAGCUUGCGUCGUGGGGAAAUGUGUCUGGAUGUUUCUCUGCCUAUCAAUGAGGAUGCCAAUCAUUUACUUAACAUCUCCAUGACUGGACAGGUGUCUAGGCCAGACACAGAGCGGACCAGCAUACAGCAGGAGCUAGAGGAGACCAUGGUAGAAAAGGAGGGAGAACUCUUGUUUCUCAGAGACACAAUAACACAGCUGACCAAAGAAUUAGAGGGGAAAAGUGAACAAGUCAGACAUCUAGAAGUCACAGUGGAAUCUUUGAAGCAGUCUCUAAGUGUUCACCAGCAUGUACAACCCCAUGAGGUGGACAAGGUGAAAGAACAAGAAGAUGAUCAAGUGGAUGGACAUGAGCCAGGUGUGGACCAUGUUGUACAGGGGACAUCAGAAGUUGAUGGUCAGGAAAUGUGUGUGCAGGAUGUGGACAAGAUGGAGGUGUGGGCUCAGAGUGAUCCUACCGAGUUGGCAACACUGAAAGAACAGCUGGCAGAACAAUCUGAAGCAAGAACUGAGCUAGAGAACAGGCUGCAGCAGUUGGAGGAAGAACUUGUCAUUGCUGUUGAAGAGAGACAUAAAUGUCAGCUGGAGAUGCAUGAACAAGAACACAAACAUGAAGAACUAAUCAUGCAAAUAGACAAUCUACAACAUGAGAUCCUGAGUCUUACUAAUUUCCAGCAUGAGCUGCAAAAGGACUUUGAUACAAUACAAACUUUGUUGGAUGAGAAGGAGAAAGAGAUGGACAUGUUGGCCAAGGAGUUGACAGACAGCAAGACACAACAGGAGGCGCUGGAUACCUUGCUGCAGCUGGAGCAGAUUGUAGCCAGCCUGCGCAGGGAGCUCAAGGAAAAACAGAAUGUAGUGGACGAGAGGGAGGAGGAGCUGUAUGAGCUACAGGACAAGAUGGAAGACAUGGCUGGAGAGCUGAACUCAGUACGAGGGGAACUAACUGAGAGCCAGGAGUUGCUGAACCAGGAGAAGACUGCCAACACAGAGUUACGGAACCUGUUGAACAAAGCAAGAGAGGAGUCUGACAAUAUUAAAAACAUUUUGAGCAAGGAGAGAGAGAGAUUAGAGGAGUUGAGUGUGAGAAAUGAAGAGUUGAGUCAACAUGAAGAAGUGAACCAUGAUCUGAAGAAGAAGGUGGCUGCUCUAGAAGAUGAGCUGUCACAAGCAGCUGAUGGGGGCAAGGUGAAGGCUGCUCAGCUAGACCAGCCAGCUCACCAGGAUUCCUGGUCACAGGUGGACAGCUCCGAUGUAGUGGACAAUGGUCAACUGGAAGCUGCCAGUGCAGGUGAGGAUGAGAUUAGUGUGCUGAAGAGACAGUUGCUGGACAAUGAGGAAAUUCUCAGACAGCGCCAGACAGCUCUGCUGGAACUUCAGACAGACAACGAGGCUCUGGUUGCUGAGAGAAACACUUUGCAAGAAUUGGUAGGACAAAAUGUCCAAACCAUAGAGGACCUUAAUCAGCAGCUUGAUCAAAAUGUCCUCACUAUUGAGGACCUCAAUCAACAACUUGAUGAAAAUGUCCUCACUAUUGAGGACCUCAACCAACUACUUGAUCAAAAUGUUCUAACUGUAGAGGACCUGAAGAGUCAGCUGUAUAUCCGCCAAUCUUGUUUGCUUGAUUUGGAAGCUGAGAGAAACACACUGAGGGAGGAAAAGAAUAUUCUGGAAGAAGCCCUGAAGCAGGGAUCUAACGACCAAAUGAGAGAUGACCAGUUGACCAUCAGGCAUCAUGUGGAGAGACAUGCUAGAGUGACACGUCAGCACUCUGAUGUCCAGCUGAUGCUGCAGGAGAAAGAUGACCUCAUCAGAGAACAGGAGGAAAAAAUAGAAGAGCUACAGUCUCAGCUUGAGAGGCUGACCCAGCCCAUGAUGUUAGAUGACGCCAGCCAGCAACCCCAAUCCAUUGUAAGUGACGUCACAAGAGCUCUGAGGGGCGUGAGCUUGUCGUCAUCACUGCCAUCAGAUAGCAGCACUCUCCUGAUGGGCAUGACUCGCUGGGAGUCUGAGCCUGCCAGCCUGGCUAUGGGAGACAGCUGUUACAUCAAGUUCCGCAUGACCGAGGCCGAGAGGUUAGCCAGGCAGCAACAGAGGGAGUUGUCCAAGGAAAACCUUGAACUUGAAAAGGUCAGGUACGACCUGGAGCGUUGGCUGAGGAUGCAGAAAGAUAGAAGCCAGCAGGACAAAGAAUAUGCUGAAUUAAGUAUCAAGGUACAGGAGCUAAGAAUCAUUGUGGAAGAAAAAGAAAGUUUGAUAAUUUCACUAAGGGAGGAAUUAGAAUCUGUCAAAGCUUUAUAUCAGCAGGCUAUAGAAUCAGAUCACACAACUAAACAAAGUGAAUUACAUGAACUAAAAACAAUUGUGGAAGAAAAAGAAAUUGUAAUAAUUUCACUAAGGGAGGAAUUAGAGUCUUUGAAAGGUUUGUACCAGAAAGCUGUGACAUCUAAUAACAGAACCCAACUAGGUGAAUUACAGGAACUUCAAACAGUUGUCAAUGAAAAAGAAAGUCUGAUAAUUUAUCUAAGGGAGGAGUUGGAUUCUAUGAAAGCAUUAUACCAGCAGUCUAUAGAAUCAGAUCACAGAUCUCAACAAGGGGAAGUACAGGAACUUCAAAGAGUUGUAGAAGAGAAGGAAAGUCUGAUAAUUUCUCUAAGAGAGGAGUUGGAUUCUGUGAAAGCCUUAUAUCAGCAGUCUAUAGAAUCCGAUCACAGAUCUCAACAAAGGGAAGGAAGUCCUUCCAGCCUGUCUCCAGAAACCAAACAGUCAAUCUCUCAAUUAAAACUACAGCUUAGGAAAGCACAUUCAGCCUUGGAAGAGAUGCACAACCAGCAACAUUCUAACAGAGAGCCUGACACAAAGGACAGAAACUUGGAACAGGAAGUGGAAGAUUUGAGGCAAACUCUCCAAAUCAGGGAUGAGGAACUGUCCAUUCUGAGGUCAAAGAUGAGAGAUGACCAGAAAAUAAAGGAGAAGCUACCCUCUCAAGUCUUACGAGCAGAUGGUUUCAAUACACCUUUAUCUACAUCAGCACAAGAAACAUCAUUCUCAGUUGAUGGCAUGCCAGAUAGACUACAGGUUUUGUUACAACACUUGAACAGCUUGGGAGAAAACCUCCUUAGUUUAUCAGACCUGCAGUACUUACAGAAUUGCUUGUUGCCUAGCAACCAGAUGAGCUCCUCACAGUACCAGGCAUUAACAGAAUCCCUGAAUGAAUUAAAGGACAUGGUGCCUCACAUUGAGGAAAUCUUGGAAGAGACAAGUGAAGACUGGAGGUAUGAGCUACUGGAGGCUGUGCUCAAGUUCUUUAAGAAACAGGCUGAGGCUCUACAGACACAAAUAGACCAGUCCUACAACACCAUUGAUGGCAACCAUCUCAGGACCAGACUUCAAAUGAUGGAAGAAAUGCAUCGGUCAACAGUGGAUGAACUGCUCCAUGCUGACCGCCAGUCUCUGUUACAACAAAUAGACUCACUACACCAGCGCCUCCUGGAGGCCAGGAAUAAUUUAGAGGAAACCAAAGAGGAGCUGGGCCAGAGGAUCUCUAGCCUGGAGGAGAGCAAGUCUAAGGAGGAGUGGAAGCUGAGGAGACAGGUUCAAAUGGUGGAGAACAAGCUUCAGCAAGAGGAAAUCAUCAAAGAUGACUUGAAGAACUCCCUGAAGAUGGAGAGACAACGCUUGACCGAUGCCUUGUCAGAGUCCAACCAGGAGAAGGCCAAAGUUCUGGAACUUCAGUCUGAGCUGUCCUUCACACAGAUUCACCUGUCUAAGGCCAAGGAUGCGGUGGAGCGGGAACAGCAACGCUUUUCAUCUGUCUUGUUAGACUGGAGCCAAGCCCUUGAUGCCCUAGAGGAAGAGAAAGUGAAGUCUUCCAGGCUGGCUGAUCUUCUAGAGUCCACCAGACAGAAGCUGCAGGCUCUACAGCAGGAAGUGGCUGAAGCAGAUCAGAGGAACCACCAGAAGUAUCAGUCUGGGGAGAGCUUGAUUAAGGAGCAGCAAGAAGAACUAGUGAGAGAAAGACAGAGAAGUUUUCAGUUUUCUCAAGCAGAAGAGCAAGCCAAGCUAGAGAUCUUUGAGCUAUCCACACAGUUGGAAGCUCAGGAGAGAAAACUGGCAGCACUUAGUCAUGAAUAUGAGGAGAAAAUUGAAGCUUUACAUAGGCAACACAUGGAAAGAGAGUUGAUGUAUCGUGUGGAUGGAGAGUCACAGUCUCUGAGAGAUUUACUAGAAGUGGAGAGACAGAAUCAUCAGACAAGACUGGAACAAGAGAGGGAGAUCAACAAAAAACUGUUGGAGCAAAUCAACACACUGAAGACCGAGGUGGGCCAGUUGAAAGAGAACUAUGAAAGUGAAAAGUCUAGAGCAGACUUGUACAAGGUUGAACUGGACGGUGUCCUGGUGCAGCAGGACAGAAGGGGCUCAAGCAGUGACAGCCAGGGGUCAGUGAGUGCUGAACUGACCUGCCUUGAGAGCACAGUGUGUAGACACAUCCCAGCCCUGGAGCAGGACAGGGAGACCCUCAGGUUGAAAGUGAGCCAGCUAGAAGAAGAGCUGAGCAGAAUUCAGGAGAAAACCAGGCAAGUUGAGUUCCAGAUGGCCAAACAAAAUGUGUCUGCUGGUCAUUCUUCAAGGUCAACUAGAACAGUCAGGGAGGAAAUGAUCAAAUCUUUGUUGGCUGUGAGUGAUGACAGAGAGGACGUAAUGCACAGGUUGUCUCUGUGCUGCAGCAAGCUACAGGGUGUGUACAGGAGACUGGACACACUGAGCACAUCAGAGUGGCAGCACACACAGGAGGAGACCACAGAGUUCCAGCACAUCAUGCUGGAGCUGAACAAACUCAAGGAGGAGGUCAACCAGAGGGAACAUGUUUACAAACAAGUGCGCAGUGAAUUAAAGAGACUAAACCAUCACAACCAGCAACUGAGUGAUCAUGUUGUCAGGUUAAAACAAGAGAAAGAACUCUUGUCCAAGACAUUACAUACUCUAGAGAUGAGGCUCCAGGCGGCAGCUACUCAGCCUCAGGUUCAAGUCCCCCACUACACAUCAGAAAGUGCCAGUGAAGAAGAUGUGGUCUAUGACAGGACCAUGUGGGCCAGUGAGAGACUCAGUCUUCAGAUGGCGCUGGAUUCUGCUGAACAUGAAAUCCAAAGACUGAGGGCAGAAGUCCAACAGUUCAGAUCUAUAAUGCAUUCUGAUGGAGGGACUGUGGAUGUGGGCAAGACUGGUCGACUGUAUGGAAAGUAUUUGAGAGCUGAAAGCUUCCGUAAAGCUCUGAUUUAUCAGAAAAAAUAUUUGCUGCUGUUGCUGGGAGGCUACAGGGACAGCGAGCAGGAAACCCUGGCCAUCCUAGCAUCCAUGGGGGGAUUUCCUGAUCCUCACACUGGAUUGGUUGUUAGGACUCACUCAAGGGCAUUCACUGUCUUCAGGUCUGCUGGCAGAGUUAUCAUUGCUAUAUCUAGGAUGAAAUAUUUGGUCAAAAAAUGGAAAAGAGCAACCAGAGUUGGUUCCCCUGUGAUGACUGGCCAAAUUUCUCCACUUCAAACUUAUGUCCAUUCAAGUUACUCCAGCCACAGAAGGAAAGAAAAGGCAGAUGAAGACUUUGCUGGAGGGAUGUUACAUCAGGCAGACUUUGGACUCCAUGCUAGACCAUACAACUAUGACACACCUCCAACUAAAGAUCUGCCUCAUUCUCAGUCCAACAAGGCUGUCCAUCGGCACAGGCCUGAAGAAGCUAGGCGACGUAUUUUCCAAGACAGUUAUCCGGCACAUUCUGAAAGCCAAGUGCGUGCACAAAUAAACCAUAAUGCAGUCAGAUCAGAGUCCAACCACAUCUCUGCCAGUGGACUGUCCAACCACACCUCUGCCAUUAGGCAGCUAAACCACAAUUCUGCUAUUGGACAGUUAAAUCACAACUCUGCUAGUGGGCAGCUAAACCAUAACAUUACCACUAGACAGUUAAACCACAACUCACAGUUAAACCACAACUCACAGUUAAACCACAACUCAGCCAGAGCACAGACCAAUCACAACACUGAUGAUUUCCUGUUCUACCUACAAAACGUCCAGCAGCGCCUCAGUGAAGGGGAAUAUGGGACAGGGAGAGAACUCUUGUGACAACAGAGUUGUGGAACAUGAAUACAAAAACUACUGACAGUUGCUGAAAUGUUUGCUAAACUUGUUGAAAACAUACAUUUUCCCCAUGUAAAUUAUCUUUAUCAUUCUUGUUAUAAAAAUGUUUGUACAUAUUACUAAUACUAAUCCAUGACAUUCUGGUACCCAACAUCAAACUAGUUAGAUGAAAAAGUUUUAUCUUAUGUUAUUUAUUUUUAAAAUGAUGCUAAGAAAAUCAGAAUUUGUUUAGUUUUAAACAUUGGAAGUGAGAAUGUUGUUUUGUUUAUGAAAACUUUCUGUUAAUGGAAUCACCACAAAGUCCUUCCUAUCUGGGUCUAUGCAGUCACCUUAUACUGUGUACAGGUUCUAUCAUUUUCUGUGAUAAUGUGGGCUCAUAGUCAGUAAGAUAACACAAUAAAUCUAUUGUCUUAUCACAUUAUUUUAAUCACACUCUAUCCCAUAUUAACCCAUUUUGAUCACAUCUGUAUAAACACAUUUUUUAGAUCGCAUUCAUUGUCCUGCAUUAUCAAAUCAUUUUAAUCACAUCCAUUGCCUUGUAUCUCCCAUUAUUUUGAUCACGUCCAUUGACUUGUAUUUUAUUAUUUUGAUCACGUCCAUUUGAAUUAUUUAUUUAGUAUGCAAUCACCACUCAGGUUGUUGAUAAAACUGUGCUUGGAGGAAAGUUCUUGUUAAAAGGUCGUCCACACUGUUUUAUAAGUUGCCCACUCUGAAUCAAAACAAACAUUACUAUAUACUCUUAAACCUUUAGUCAUUGGAAAUAUAUUCCCAGUGUGUACAUUUAUCUUUUAAAAAAGCAUGUCCAUAAUCUGUAAAUAUACUUGUAUGUAACUCUUCAUUAUCAAUUGAUGUAUACCAUUACAUAUUUUCUCAGAAAAUAUUCAAAUAUGACAAAUAAAAUGUAAAUUUAUUUUUAAAACA